CGGCCGUUGGGCGGGGCGGCCGGAGGGCCGGGGCUCUGCGGCUGGCGGGGCGGGCGGCCCGGAGCGGCGCCGCUGCGAUCCGGGAAGGUGGGGACCUCGGAGAAAGAAAAAUCAAUCAUGUCAGCACUAAACUGGAAGCCCUUUAUCUAUGGAGGUUUAGCAUCAAUCACUGCGGAAUGUGGUACUUUCCCCAUUGAUCUGACCAAAACUCGUCUGCAAGUUCAAGGUCAAGUUAAUGAUGCCAAAUACAAAGACAUCCGCUACCGUGGAAUGUUGCAUGCACUAGUCAGAAUAUGCAGAGAAGAAGGAUUAAAAGCCUUAUACUCUGGAAUUGCACCAGCAAUGCUACGCCAAGCUUCAUAUGGAACUAUAAAAAUAGGAACUUACCACAGCUUAAAAAAGAUGUUUGUUGAGAAUCCAGAAGAUGAAACCCUGAUGAUAAAUGUUCUAUGUGGUGUUCUUUCGGGAGUAAUCUCAUCAUCUAUUGCCAAUCCUACAGAUGUCUUAAAGAUCAGAAUGCAAGCCCAAGGUAGUGUGAUUCAAGGAGGAAUGAUGGGCAACUUCAUGCAGAUCUACAAAAAGGAAGGCACUAAAGGAUUAUGGAAGGGAGUAUCGUUGACAGCACAGAGAGCUGCAAUUGUUGUUGGAGUGGAACUGCCAGUGUAUGACCUUGCCAAGAAGCACAUUAUUAAGUCUGGAUUUAUGGGAGAUACAGUAUAUACUCACUUCCUCUCAAGUUUUACUUGUGGGUUAGCUGGAGCCCUUGCAUCCAACCCAAUUGAUGUUGUAAGAACACGCCUGAUGAACCAGGGAAGUCAACAACAUGGACUCUCAAACUACAAGGGUACUUUAGAUUGCUUGUUACAAACGUGGAAGAACGAAGGCUUUUUUGCUCUAUAUAAAGGUUUUUGGCCAAACUGGUUAAGACUUGGUCCUUGGAAUAUCAUUUUCUUUGUGACCUAUGAGCAGCUGAAGAAAUUAGAUUUCUGACCUGCUGAACUGUAUCCUGAAUUCUGUUGAUGUACUGUUUGAAUUUAGAGCAACUUGUAAGUUGUCUUGAGUAUCAGCUCUUUAUUCUCCAAGAUGCAGGCCGAAGGAAGCAGUCAUUACAGAACUGUUGUGAAUGUGAACAGCCUGGAGGUGAUUUCAAGGCAAACUGGCUCCAGUAACAAUGGCUUCACCAAGUGAUGCAGUGGACAAUGUGUGCUAUUUUCUGGACUGAACCAAGCAUGGUGGGAUGCCUUCUGUCAACUGCCUAAGUGUUCUUGAAUGUGAAGACCUGCAAUGCAACUUUAUGCUGUUGAUACUCAGAUGUACAGUGUUUUAUAAGAGGCAAAGAGCAACCCUUUGAAAAGGAAGAUGGGUAGUACCAAGGAGCUGGGCUUCUCCUGUUUUUGCAAGUGUAUACAUACAGCUUGACUGCAAUGGCUUAUAGUUUCCAGUUAACUGAAAAUGUCACAAGACAUCUUUGCAGGCCUUUAGUUCAGCAAAAUACCUGCUGCAGUACAAAAUCUGCUUCUGUUUUUUCAGAGCUUCACUGUAUUUUGUGUCCUUAAAUGCCUGCAUAGUUUGCUGGGGAUAAUCCUGCUUCAUUUCAAAGUGUGGUUGCUACAGUUGGCAGUUUUGCAUAGCUUGAGGAAAGCUUUUUCCAAAUGUAUCAUUCUUGGUUUUCAAUGUAAAUGAUUCUUCAGCAUAUUUAUAUGUAAAUUGCCAUAAGGAAUGAAGUUCAAACAAGUCUGUGCUUACCUGUUUUGGAGAGAAACUUUCCAUGCUUCUUCCAUUGCUGGGAAGAAUGACUUGUAAUAGUUCCUGGCUGUCAGGUAUCACCUGGAAGGUGCAAGUUUUACACUAAGCAGUUCAAGUUGUGUCAUGUAAGUGCCUGUGUACAAAGAACCAAACUCCUCCAGCUCUCAAAACAGCUUUCCUCUUUAAAGACACCCAAACCCAGAACUGCUGAGCAUUUUGAGCAAACAGGCUCAAGUUGCUGUUACAUGCAAGUAGGCACUUCAUGUAGAAACCAGUCACAACUUUCUUAAAGCAUUACCUUUUUGGGUUAAAUGUGUACCAGAACUUCAGAGCCAUUCACUCAACAGUUAGGUCAAGGUUCUUACAAAUGCUGCUGUUAAUCUCAAGAAAGGAAGCUUGUAAGAUGCAAAUCCAAGUGGUCCUUUUGUACUGGCAGAGGGUAGCAAAGCAGUUUUGCAUUUCUGUGGCAUUCUUUUAGUCUCUUAAAUGUUUUUGGUUAGUCAUACAUUCCACUUAAAGAGAUUUCAUUUUGAUUUCAAAAUUACCACAAUCCCAUAGAAUUAAUUUUGAAUUCACAAAUGGAUUUUUAAAUGCACAAGGCACUUUCCUUAAGGCAUGAUGUUUUUCUAUGUAUAUGGAUAUGCUUAUGUGCAGUUUUUUUCCUUGCAGCUGUUUCUAUACCUUAAUAGAAAUAUUUGUAAAUAUUUUUGUACACUUUGUAGACUAAGUGUAUGUUUUACAUUUUUAAGCUUAUAAAAAGUUUAAAAGCCAUUA